AUGGAAAUUUCGCUCGAGAGCUGUGAGCUUUACACUAUCGCAUGGAUAGCUGCUCUUCCAAUUGAACGAGCAGCAGCAACUGCCUUACUUGAUGAGAUACAUGAUGAGCCUGACGGGUUCAUUCAGCAUAAAAUCGACAAGAACUCGUACACCUGGGGACGAAGUGGGAAACAUAAUGUCGUCAUUGCCUCACUCGAAGCAGGAGUCGACGGUACGAUAUCAGCUGCAACUACUGCGUUAGAAUUGAUCUCUUCACUACCCCACAUCCGAUUCGGACUAUUGGUUGGAAUAGGAGGAGGCAUCGCAAAGCCUGAUAAAGAGCAGGAUAUCCGACUCGGUGAUGUUGUGGUCAGCGAACCUGUCGGAACGACUGGAGGAGUGGUUCAAUACGACUACGGAAAGGCAAAAGCAGACGGCGUCUGGGAACAGAAAGGUUCUCUCAACGCGCCCCCUGAAAAGGAAAAGGAUGAGUUCCAGGUGGACGAGCAGCGUGUCCAUCUUGGACUUUUCCGGAACUCCCUACGAGUCAUGGAUGCCAGUUUGAAGGAAGAUAUCUGCAAUUUGGUAUGGCCAGGAACAGAAUGCAGUGAAAUUACAUCCGCACAAGUCGCCUUUUGCGUUCCCGAUGAAUUGCAAUAUGCUUGCCGCCAUUGGGUCUAUCACUAUCAGAAGAUCGAGAGCCCUUUGCUCAACCUUGAGGAAGUGUUCACGUUCCUGCAGAAGCAUCUGUUCCACUGGUUGGAGGUCCUGAGCCUCGUUAAGAGUUUUAGGGAAAGCUUUCAUGCCAUCCGGCAAUUGCAGACCAUCUUCAAGAGCGAACGAAACAAGGCGAAUGGCCAGCUUUUGCGCGAGAUACACAGUUUUCUCCAAAUGAACUCGACAAUUAUCGAUCACUACCCCCUUCAACUUUACUCCUCUCUGAUGUUUUCUAUCCCGGCUGGUACCCGACUGGGCCAAAUGUUGCCGAGAAGAUCUCCCUCAUGGAUGCGGCAUGUUCCUGAGCCGGUCCAGAUCUCACAACAAGCUCAGUACAUACUAGAAGGCCAUGAGAGGCCGGUCAGCAGCGAUUUACACUUCGCACUAGAUAACUCACGCUUGGUUUCUCGCUCUAGUGAUGGCCAGGAAACUCGUAUCUGGGACCUAGACACUGGCGACUGCAUUCGUGUCAUCACAGAUGAUAACCGGACUUAUAAGGGUCCAUCCAAGCUUUCAUAUGACGGAUUGUGGCUAGCGGCUACUUCCAGGAAGGACCAAACCGGUUGGGGGAGAGUUUUUUGGGAGUCCGAUCAUAAAGGAUCUGAUACCGACAGCCAAGGGGAUGAAUCCGAUAUCUGCAGCGAGGAAGAGAAUUCCAACGCCAGCUGCGAUGAAGAAGAAGCCCAUCCUAGUGCUUACUUGAAUCUUUGGUGGCUCGAGUCUGGGGUAGUCAUCUGUACUCCCGGCAUCCAGGGGAUCGCUUUUGUGCCUACCCAAUUUUCCCCUGAUCACACCAUUUUUGCGUGCAUGUACGGUGACGCAUGUGUCAGAACCUGGAGAGUUGAAACCGGAGAAUGCUUAACAGCGUUGCAUGGUUAUGAGUUGGGUCUCUCGCCAUGGAGUAUGUCUGUUUCUCCGGACUUCAAACUCAUAUGCUCAACUGCAGAGACACAAACAAUAAGCGUUUGGGCGAAUGAUGCCAUUGAAACGGACCGAAGUUUAAGAGACCAACCGAGAUCGAUUGAGUCAGUGGUUUUAUCUUCUGAUCGCACUCUUGCUGCCACUUCUUUUGACUCUGGAAUUGUCAGAAUCUGGAAUAUGGGUACCAAUGAGCACAUUCAUCAAUUUCAACAUGGAUCUCUGGGUCAAAUUACCCUCAUGCGUACUCACCCAGAGCUCCUUCAAUUCUCAGAGGAUAGCAAGCAUCUGUUUGCGUGGAGACCCAGAUCUUUUGGUCACAAUGAACGCGAUGAUGUGCCAUACUUGGUCGGCCAUCUCGUAGUUUGGGAUUUGAUUCGGGUGUCCAUUGCUCCCGACAAUCGUUUUAUCGUCUCAGUCCUGGAUUUUACAGGGGCUGUCUACGAUGUAAAGUUUUCUCUCGACUCUCAGUCUGUUCUUGUUCUUUCAUCCGAUACAUAUCUUCAGAGUGAACAUGAGAGAGGUAAAUGGCUUCUGUCGAAGUUCAACAUAGCUCAGGCCGAUCACAUCGUUAGUAUCAGAUCACCAACCAGAACCCAGAGAGUAUUGGUCGUUUCUUCUGACGCAAGGUUUCUGGUCUUACAAACAUCUGAUGGUCAGGCACAUGCGAUAUUGACUGGCACAGGAGAAUUACUUUAUAAGUUCAGACUCGAAGGGGACGAACAUCAUGUUUCUCUUGUCGAGAACGACUCAACUCUGCUUGAGUGUCAAGCCAGAUUCUUGACUUUGAGAAACUCCUCAAAUGGUCAAAUCAUUCGCCAGCUGCCAAUAGAUUUUGGCUCCUUUCCCCGGCGACUCAGUUUCGACACGAACACUCAACAAAUUCACACGAAUUUUGGCACAAUUGCAAUCCAUGGACCUUCGGCAGAUAAUUAUCCUGACGAAUUAUCCCUAAAUAACAAUUUAACCGGAUUUGGGAUCAGUUGCGAUGGAUCUUGGUUAUUGUGGAACAACAAGAAGGUUUUCUGGCUACGACCUGCAUACCGACCUUGGAAUGAAAGUAUGGAGGUUUCUGGAUCGACGGUGGUUAUUGGAACAGUUACAGGUCAUGUUCUAUUCUUUCAGUUCGAUGAGCCAAACUACUUGACGCGAGAAGAUGAUGACCGCUUUUGA